GCUCACCGCCGCCCGCCGGGCUGAGGGGAAGAGAGGGAGAUGGCGUCGCCGUUGCUGCUGUUCCUCCUCUCGCUGCUGCUGCCGGCCGCCGCUUUCUACCUGUGCUGCGUGCGGCGGCACACCGGCAGCGCCGGGGCCGUGCUGCGCCGCCGGGAGCCCGGCCGGGCCGAGAAGCGGGGCCGCAGCCCGCCGCGGGACGCCUGGGCACCGCGGCUGUGCGGCUCCGGACUGCGCCUCUUCGUCCAUGUGGCCAACACGGCUUUUGGACAGAUCUGCUUACUGCCAUUCUUAAUAAGGCUGAACAACUUCUCGCUCAUGCGUUCACUCGAUAUUCACGAAGAUCCCACGUUUAUCCCUGAGGUUGCUGCGGAGGUUACAGAAGAAAAGUCUGAGGCUAAAAGCACUUCAGAUAUUAUCGAGCAGCUGGUAGAUACAAGGUCCGAGUCUGCUAGCAAUGGGUUUAGCUUCAAAGGGAUCAAAGACUACCUGGACUGCUACCGGAGUGGGAAGCUGACGCCAUCUCAAGUAGCAACAAACAUCAUUGCUGUGCUGGAGGACUGCGACAAAUCCACACCCCCACUCAGAGCGAUAGUCCAGUGGGAUCGGGAGCAAAUAAUGCUGAUGGCUGAAGCCUCCACUGUUCGUUACAGGAAUAAAAGUACCCUAUCUUAUCUGGAUGGCAUCCCUGUGUGUCUGAAAGAAGAGUUCAAAGUGGUACCUUACCAUCACCGAGUGGGAACAGUGUAUCUUGGGACAGAGCCUGAAACAGAAGAUGCUACUGUGGCCAGGAAGCUGCGAGAGGCUGGGGCUAUCAUUAUUGGGGUCUCAAAUAUGCAUGAAUUAGGGACUGGAACAACUGGAUGCAACCCUAAUAGGUACCACAAGAUCCCAAGGAAUCCCUACAAGCCUAACCACUACACAGGUGGGAGCUCCAGUGGGUCAGCAGCCGCUGUAGCAGCAGGUCUCUGCCCAGUGGCUAUUGGCACAGAUGGAGGUGGCUCUGUGAGGAUUCCUGCUUCAUUCUGUGGUGUGGUCGGACUGAAAGGUACAUUUGGGCGCAUCAGUUCUUACGGCAGCUUGCCACUCUCCUACUCCACAGUCAGUGUAGGCCCUAUCUGUACCUCGGUGGCGGAUGCAGCCAUUGUUUACAGUAUCCUUGCUGAGCCAGAUCCCCUCUAUCCGUAUGGACUAAAACAGCCCAAAGCAACCCUAUCCGAUAUGUGUGCUCCUGACCUGAAAGGCUUAAAACUGGGAGUGGACUGGACAUUUUUUAAGGCAUGUGAUGCUGAAGUCCUAUCCAUCUGUGAGAAAGCUGUGGAGCACCUGCGGAGUUUGGGAGCCAGCGUGGUUGAAGUGUCUCUGCCAGAGAUGGAGGAAGUGCGAGUAGCACACGUAAUCUGCAUCCUCAGUGAGAUGAGGGACUUCCUCCAACCUGACUUCAAUAAACAUUUCCAUGAAAUGAAUUUGGACACUCGGGCUAACCUGGCCUUGGCUUCCCAGUUCACAGCUCUGGAUUAUAUUACGGCAAAUCGACAGAGAACUCGGAGCAUGAGAUUUUUGCAAGAGAUCUUCAGCACUGUGAACUGUAUCCUUACACCAGCUGUUGCUUGCACUGCCCCAAGAAUCUACGAAUCUGACCUCUUGACUGGGAGCAGCGAUUCCUCCUUCACAGUCCAGUCCAUGAGGUUCAUGCAGCUUGGUAACUUCACUGGGAUUCCAGGCCUUGUGGUCCCCAUUGGAUAUUCUACUGCUGGGCUUCCUGUCAACUUCCAGGUCAUGGCAAAAUGGUGGGAUGAAGCUGUUCUUCUGAGGAUUGGCCUGAAGCUAGAGCAGUUUCGUCACCAGACCAAAAAGCCAUCCAUUUAUUACGACAUACUUGCAUGACGGAGUGAUCAAGAUGGGGAAUAAGUCUUUAUUUUUUCCCUAGUCUGACCUGAGUGGACUUGUUUUCAGUGUUCAUCUGAAUGAGACUUAGCAGCAGGCCCAUUUGAGGAAUGGAGAGGAACACUGAUGCUGAGCAGACAUCAUUUCUGCUCCCUGCUUGUUACUGGAUAGUCUGGUUUACUGGGGAGACCAACUGUGCUAGCUAGUUCCUCGCUGGUUUUUUUGCCAACAGGAGAAGCUGCAACUAUCUUCUGCAACUUCUUUCCAUCUAGGAGUCCUUGUGUAAAGAUGGAAGACAGUUGCAGUGUGGGCAGUUCAUACUGCUGUGCAUGGAAAGGUGCAACCCCCAGACCUUAAACCUUCUCACAGAAUUCCUCCUGCUCCAGGAUAUAACAAAGGUACCAUUUUGAGGGGAAGAGGCAGCUUCCCUUAAAUUAAUGCCUAGCUCCCUUGGAAAGAGGGGGAUCUUAACACACCUGCAGCUAGGUAGUGUGCAUUGUGCCCCCUUACUUAGUCCCUCAGAGUGAAACAGAAAGGCUACAGCUGCCUUCAGCCUUACAUGCAAGCAGAGCAUGAGCCCUCUGUGACCCAAAGCCCUGGUUCAGGCUUUCUGUUGCACAUCGCUGUUUCCCAAGCCACACCUGGGACAGAUUAUUUUCUGCCAGUGGUUGCUUGAGCGUAAGCCCACUAUCAUUUAGGUGUCCAAAUGGAACAAAUUACUUGGUAAUGCUGUGAAAUACCACUUAGGGAGCGCUGAGCCAGCUGUUACAAAUAGGUGACAUGGACACGACGCGACUGAGCUACUGCAAGAAUUGAAGCCAGGCACAAGAAAGGCAACGCACAAAGCCAUGUGCAGCAAGGAGCCUGAUAAGAAGCCAACCCUCCUCUUAUCCCAAAUCUACUCCCUGAGGUGAUCAAGGUAGAAUUAAGGCAUGGUUUAAAGAUGAGGCUAUACUACAUGAAGCAUGAUAUGGCUCUAAGCCACAGUACCGUGUUUAAUUGGAAGGCCCCAGACUGUAAACUCCCAAUUACCUGUCUCCUGCCAGCAGCAUUAGGGCCACAUGAAAGAUAAGAAAAGGCCUACAAGUAACCAAAGCUAAGCAUCUGUGCUUGUUUUGGAGUAUCUUGGUGUUAAUGCUCAGAAGCAUGUCCUGUUGCCUGCCUCAUCAGGUAUCCUGGGCUUGUGAUCAGGCUGCUGGAGCAGCAGUCCUGUGGACAGGAACAGAGAAGAUCACCAUAUUCUUACUUAGCUUAGAAGGAAAGAAGGAACAGAAAGUAGUUGCAGUUUCUCCUAAACUCAGUACAGUUUGGGUUUUUUUCCUCCCAUACAUAUCCACUCUUUAAACAGAGCUAGCACUUUACUAAUGGCUAAAGUUAAGUCAGAUGGCAUCUGCAUGGAAGAACACUGCAUUACCCUCUCCUCCUUAAUUACUUGAUUUAGAGCAUCAACUACCAUCAGCUGUCACCAGCAUCCACAGUUAAAUUAAUUAUAUGUCUGAUACUGUCUUGAGUUCCUCCAGGUGAUACUGCCACAACAGUUUUUUCACUAGAUUCUAGUAUAGUUCAGCUUUAUGAAGAACCAUUUAAAAGCAAAGUACUUCCUCUAUUAUUAAUGAUAACUUAUUAAACAUACCUUAGGGUGAAACACUGCUGAAAUGCACUGUAGAGCAAUAAGGAAGUUGAUGAGUGUUUGACAAGAAUAAAUUUCUGCCAGGAAUAUUACUACUUGAAGGAAAUGGCUGAAUAUUCCCUAAUUUAGUGAUAUUACUCAAGGGAUUAGAGAUGAAUGUUUAAAAUACUGAAUUACCAUCCUGCCAGAUCAAGCUGUUUAUUUCAGAUCCCUUCCUAAAUGAUACACUACCCUAAAAUGA